AUGAUUUUUUUUUCGCUGUGAGAACCUUUGCAAUGCCCGCAAUUUCUUGACGUGCAGAGCCCUUCAAAAUUAUUAUUUUGGCAUUCACAUUAAGGUAUGUCUAUGGUUUUGUUAUUUUUUUGGAAUUUUGGGUAUGAAAUGUGUCAAGUAAUGAAAGGAUAGUUUGUAUUCAUGUAGACGAUUUCAGAGUCUGGCUAUUUUCAUGACCUUUAUGGACCUUUUGAUCAAUGUUUUCCCGGCGAUGUUAGUGAAUAUCAACUUUCGCAUUAUCCUCUUUGCAAUUACACUGGGUAUGAGGAUCCCCGCUUUAUAUACCGUCCUUGUUCCAAAAGUCAAGUAUCUCAAUGGGUACAAGGCACUGUUGGUAAGUAGUUUUUUUAAGCUUUAAAUGGUUUUAGUUGAUCACUGUUGCUCUCACCUUCGCCACAAACUGUGCCCAGAUUAUUGUGAAUUUCACUUCAACUAACUGCCAAAAGAUUCCCUUGCGCAAUUUCUUCGCCGUUUCUUCGGUGAUCUGCCCUUUGGAGUUGGUGGUUUUCAUGACCAUUAGCCAAUACAUUAAUUUUGUGGCUGAUCAAGGAGUAAUUCCCCCUCCCACUGGUCCGAACGAUCCUUCUGGAGCCAGCGAGUCGCCUGCCAAUGAGAAGAAGAUGAAGGAGGAAAUAAACGAAGUUAUUAACACCUCCGGCAGCCUCAAUACCUCUGUUUCCGAUCCAAAUGCUCCUUUGUUGGCCUAG